AUGGCGUGGUGGGACAGCUCUUCACCCUACUGGCUCGAAAACCUCGUACCAAUCUUCGCACAAGAGACCAAUGGGCUCCGAGCAGAACUCGUAUACCAGAUUGACGUUCUAAUCAACCACCCGGGCUAUCAACAUAUAGUGAGCCAGAGACUUGCUACGACUGCCCUAUCAUUGCGCAAGAUCAAAAUGCUAGCGUCGGAUAUCUCAGUAUAUUUCCCGAAUCAUCCAUUGGUCGCUAGCAGACACCCUGGGUACUUCCAGAGUACUUUCCCUCGAGUCUGCGAUUUCAUUGAGAAGACUUUAAUUGAGCUGAGUAGGUCUCUGGUGAAUGACCCGCAGAGUGAGGCGUCUGUUGCUUGGCAGCUGCAGGAUAUGUUGGAUGGUCUGUAG